AUGUUCUCCGAUAUUGCUGGUGCUUUUGACCGUGUCGACCGACAUCUCCUUGUCCUCCGCUUGGAGAACUGUGGCAUGAGGGGUAAGCUACUCAACCUCCUUCGUAACUACUUGUCUGAGCGUCGCUUCAGAGUUGUCUGUGGUGGCACGAGUUCCUCCCUUUUCUGCGAGUCGGCUGGGGUCUGUCAAGGUUCCUGUCUUGGUCCAGUUUUGUGGCUAUACUUUUUUUCGCCUAUUCACUCCUCCGCUGUUGGUAAUGCUGGCCCUGGUCUCUCUACAUACACCUUCGCUGAUGACCACACUCAAGGCUCUAAGGACCCCCACUUACUGACCAAAGGUGAAGCGGGCGCUGUCGCCUUCACAAACGGUGCCAGAAUUACUAUGGAGCCUGCUAAAAAGGUUGUCGGCACAUAUGCUAAUAGAGCACCUAAGUCUCAACAGGAGUGUGCCAUCCUACUUGGUCUCAG